UGUUUUGGUGUGUUUUGAAGUUUAUUUCGCCAUAAGAUUCACAUCCAUGUUCUUUUUGGCUUCGUCCUUCACAAUGAUGGACGCCACCAGCCUCGCUCUCGUGAAACAACACAAUGCAGAGUUCGGUAAACAAAGAAUCUUAUCUACAAUUGGUCAGGCCACAGUGCCCCUCCUUGCUGGAAUUCUUGUAGAUGCCCACAGCGCCUCUCUAGGUUAUUCAGAUUACAUGCCUGCUGUGUACCUGGGAUGUAGCCUCGCUCUGGUAGCUACAUUCAUAGUGAUGCGGCUGGAUGUAGAGGUGGAGACAGGAAGUGGCAGCAUGGUUCAAGAUCUGAAGCAGUUGGUGACAAGACUUGAAAUUGACCUGUUCCUCUUAAUGAUUCUAAUCCUUGGGUCUAACUGGGGGUUCAUUGAAAGCUAUCUGUUCCUGUACCUAAUUGAACUGAAGGCUCCUAACUACCUCCUGGGGUUGACGCUAACUGUGGGGUGCCUAACGGGAGUUCCAGUUAUGUACGUUGCGGACAAGAUCAUCUCCAAAUUAGGAAGGCCCGCCAUCUUUAUUAUCUCAUUUUUCUCCUACGCUGCCCGCCAUUUUGGAUAUGCCUUCAUGACGGACCCGUGGCUAGUAUUUCCCUACGAACUCCUAGAAAUUUUUACGUACCAGAUCAUGUGGGUCGCUGCUGCCACCUACUGUCACAUCCUGGCGCCUAAGGGUCUUCUGGCCACCAUGAUGGGCCUCGCGGGGUCAAUCCACUACUCCCUCGGGCGAGGCUUGGGGUCCCUCAUUGGUGGAUACCUCAUUGCCAACAUGGGUCUUCAGGGCGCCUUCAGAAUCAUGGGCUACAUAUCUUUAGCUAGUGGAAUUAUUUACUGUUUUAUUCAUUAUUUUUAUAUGAGAAAGAAAAUACGAAAGACUGGUGAAGAAGAAGAGGAAGAAAACGAGGAAGAGGAAAGAGAAGAAAAGGAGAAAAUGAAGGAGGAAGAAACACCGAUGAUGCAAUUAGGCCUAAGACGAGGCUCUGAAGGCUUUGCACCAAUUCAGUUAGGCCUACGGAGGGGGUCAGAAGGCCUACACUUUCCAGGGUCAAGGAGGCAGUCUGAUGUCUGUCUUCCUUGAGUUUUUUUAAUGUUUGUUUGUCCUUUUUGUUCCUUUGUGUUACUGGGAAACUGAGAGGGUGACGAAGAAGGGCCUUGAGGAACGCCAGCGAACCCCAAAACAUCCCUAAAAAUCACCAAAAAUUUACUUAGAGACCGCAAAACAUCGCCAAAAUUAAGGAUACCAUUUAAAACCUCCACAAAACACACUUAAAACGCCCAAAAUAUCCUUGAAAAUUCAAAAUAACACCUUUGAGUUUAUUUUCCUUGUUUAUUUCCUUUGUGUUGAAGAAAAAAAAAACAGAGAGGGAGACGAAAAAAUGCCUUGAGGAACCCCAAUAUUUUCCUUCUUUCUUUAAUGUCAUUCUUGGUUCCCUAAAAUUACGUAUAUUGAAUUUUUUUUUGUCAAUCUUUCUUUCUGUGUUGAAGAAAAACAGAGGAGGUGACGGGGAAUGCCUUGAGGAACACCGUAGAUUGUUUAUUUAUCUAUUUAUUUAUUAUUUUUUUUACUCGUUUCGUUUUCUUAAGUUUACGUAGAUUGAAUUUGUCCGUUUUCUCGUUCUGCAUUAAAGAAAACGAAGAAGGAAGCGAAAAUAUGCCUAGAGGAACCCCAAUGAAGAUAAAUGAAGAUAUUUCAAAGGUUUUUCCAGAUUUUUCGGGGUUUUCAUGGUUCUGGCGAAAGUUAAACAGGCCGCAGUGGAAGUUAUUGAUUUUUUUAACGUUUUAGCGAAAGUUUAACAUGCAGCAGUGGAAGUUAUUGAGCUUUUCAAGGUUCUAACAAAAGUUCAACAGGCCGUAGUGGAAGUUAUAGAGGUUUUCAAAGUUCUAGCAAAAGUUCAACAGGCUGUAGUGGAACUUAUUGAGAUUUUCAAGGUUCUAACAUAAGUUCAACAGGCCUUAGUGGAAGUUAUAGAGGUUUUCAAAGUUCUAGCAAAAGUUCAACAGGCCGUAGUGGAAGUUAUUGAGGUUUUCAAAGUUCUAGCAAAAGUUCAACAGGCCUUAGUGGAAGUUAUUGAGGUUUUCAAAGUUAUAGCGAAAAUUUAACAGGCCGUAGUGAAAGUUAUUGAGGUUUUCAAGGUUCUAGCGAAAAUUUAACAGGCCGUAGUGAAAGUUAUUGAGGUUUUCAAAGUUAUAGCGAAAAUUUAACAGGCCGUAGUGAAAGUUAUUGAGGUUUUCAAAGUUCUAGCAAAAAUUCAACAGGCCGCAGUGAAAGUUAUUGAGGUUUUUAAGAAUCUUUGGGAUCUUCAAGAUUCUAGCAAAAGGUUUAAACUCCGCAAAAACAGCCUAGGAACCCAAAACACACUUAAAACUUUCAAAACAUCAAUAAAAACACCAAAAAAACAGCCUUGAAAACCCAAAAAACGCCCUUAAAAUUUCCAAAAACACAUCCAUUACAACCUAAAUUCACUACAACGCCUAAAACUCUCCCUAAAACCGUAAAAAAAUUCCUUAAACCACAGUAACUUCGACUACAGCAUUUUGGAAGCUGAAAAACACUUACUGAUUUGAAGAGCGGGACCUUAAACUGACAGAGGCCACUUUAAAGAAAACGGGGCGACGUUUGAGCGAGAACUGAACGAGAAAUGAGCGUCUUGUUAACGGAAACUGCUGGCUCACUGGCUAAUACGUUUGUCUAAGGCUAACUGUACCCCGGUUCGAUAAUGUUAAUGAUAGUAAUAAUAAUAAUAGUAAUAAUAAUGAUAUAAUAAUAGAUUUAAUGAACUACUACUACUACUACUACUACUACUACUACUACUACUAUUACUACUACUACUAUUACUACUACUUUGUAAAGGGGGGUUUAGGCAGGCCUUACCCCCCCCCUGUGGUUGUUAAUGUUUAAAUAAAUGACUGAACAAA